AUGACAGAAACUGACGAAGAAUCUCCGGACAAAGCAGCAACGACAACUCGAAAAUCCGAAAGUCGCGUAUCGAGAAGCAGCAAUCGUCAUUCUCCGGGAAGCUCUGUCUCCAAAGGACGUAAGUCAACCUCAUCUCCUUACAGGGGCCCUUCUCGAUCCAGUCAUAGGAGAUCGUACAAGGCGCCAGAGAUACAUGAACAAGGAAUCCAGUCCCUUCCACUGACAUCGCCUGGAUCUCAGUCCGCUUCGAGCUCUGAUCAUCUGCGUUCCAGCAGGAAAGCAUCCAUGAACAACUUCCGAAGACUUGAAUCGUCGCCACCAAAAAAAUUAAGUUCUCCUCGGACACUACGUUCCGGCAAUGCCACAAAGAAGUCGCGAAAGGGGAAUUCGGUAGCCAAUCCUGGAGCUCGGAAUGUGUUGAGCUCUCAUCGCAACACAACAAGAAAGUCAUCCAAGUUUGACAGGAAUGGACAGCGGGAUUCUUCAGCUAACGACGGGGCUCAGAGCUUGACAAUGUCAUCUGAUGAUCGCCGUGCUAGCAGCAAGGCAUCAAGAAACAGCAGCAGACAAUCCAGAAUUCAAUCAGAUGGUGUAAACGCGACGCCCCCGCCUCCUUCUUCCCUUCAGUUGGAUCAAACUGGUACGGAGCCAACACUUCAGGCUGUUACUGCCCCAGGUCUUGACGAAAUUGAAGCCGCAAUACAACAAGGCAGAGAUGAAGAACGAAGAGCUAGAGAAACGCAAGAUCAAAUAGCUAGGCAAAGAGAAGAAGAACAAAAUGCUUUGGUAUCUACCAUUGCAACAAGAGAGAAAAACAGCAGAAAGCGGAAAUACAUGAUGGCUGCUUUUGUUGUUGCCGUUAUUGCUGCAGGAGUAACCGCGUGGCUGUUGGUAUCAAGGAAUUCUUCGAACAAUCUUGAUGACGAUUCGUCUCAAAAUGCAACCAUUCUUCCGCCUACGACAGCCAAAGAAGUUUCUGAUACCCCAUCUUCAACUCCUACUACCAAAGAGGAUCUUGGCGUCGUUCCAGAUGAUGUCGGCUCACAAGCCGAAGCGACCUGUGAAGCCAUUAGCAAUGGCGAACCUGUCUCGGGACAAGACGAUCUCGCUGUUCAAAAAUACGAUAUCUUGAUGGAUGUUAUGCUGGAUUCCGAAACCGAAGAUCUAUCGCCACUCACCAUUGAGCUGAAAGACAAAAUCCAGCGCCUCCUUUUGCCCUCUCUGGCGGGAUGCCCGAAUGAACGUCGGCGUUUGCAGAUUGAGGUCUAUAUUGUCAACGCAUUGGUGAACGCUGAAGUCAAUAUUGGUGCUUCUUGUUUUGCUGCUGAUUUGGAGAGGCCUUGUCACUUGUAUGUCAUAAAGCUGGACAUCUACGUCCAACGCACUGUUUCUUCUGCUGAUUUUUCGGAAGACAUUCUAGACAAGUUCCGAGAAGCACCUUUGGUAGAUCAAUUGGGGUUGCUGUCGCCAUUUCAGAGCAUCACAGUCGUCGAUGUCAUUUAUUCCGCCGACGAAUCUGCAGGUCCAUCUGUGACCCCAUCGACGCUUUCGCCAACGGAAUUGCCAUCGGCGAAUCCAACAAGGGCGCCAGUCACUUUUCCUACAACGGAAGACCCUACAAAGGCACCGACAACAGAACCAUCAUCCAAGCCAACUCUUGCAACUACGACACCACCGACGGCACCACCGACGAAGCUUCCCACAGAAAGUCCGACCAAGAGUCCAACGCCUGGCCCAACUCUACCCCCAACGUUGGUACCAACGCCUGGUCCAACUCCAAAUCCAACGCCUGUGAGGACUAGGUUUCCUACGACACAACCUACUUUUUCACCGUCGGCUAAUCCAACGACGGAGCCAACUCCGGUGUUUUCGGCUCAACCUUCCGCAACACCUUCGACUCUGCCUUCUUCUGCAUCAUCAAUUAUUACAUGUUUUCAAACUAGUUUGGAACUGUCUAAUAAUGUUAGGCGAUGGGUUAGGUUCCCAGCAUCAGUGGAGGUGCAAUAUGGCCCAAUAGGCGACUGGUGCUUUGAUCGAAAUGUGACUUCUAUGGAAGCUCUGUUCUCAAGCAUCCCUUCUUUCAACGAGGACAUUUCAAAUUGGGACGUUGCUAAUGUCAACAACAUGGGGAGCAUGUUUUACAAUACACCAUUCAAUGGAGAUAUUUCCUCGUGGGAUGUUUCUUCGGUAACAGACAUGAAUAACAUGUUUAUGCAAGCAACGUCCUUCAAUCAAGACAUAUCAUCAUGGAAUGUUUCAUCUGUCACCAACAUGGGGUUCAUGUUCAGAUUUGCGGCAUCAUUCGAUCAAGAUAUAUCAUCGUGGGACGUCUCAUCUGUCUCCAAUAUGGAGAAUAUGUUCGCUGGUGCAUCAUCCUUUAAUCAAGACAUCUCAUCAUGGGAUGUUUCUUCGAUUAGGGGGAUGAAGGAAAUGUUCUCGCAAGCGUCUUCCUUCAACCAGAAUCUUUGUGCAUGGGGAUCGCGUCUUCCGUUCAUUGGUGUUUUUGUUGACGACAUGUUUGACAACCAGAGCUGCCCUUCAACAAGUGAACCAAACCUUCGAUCAGAAACACCAGGCCCAUUCUGCCACUUUUGUGAAUAA